UCAGUAUGAGGGUGCGCGCGAGCAGAAGUGCUGGCUGGAAGAUGUGAAGUGUGGAUUUGUAAAGCUGCUGUCGGUGAGGCUGAAGAACACGCCUGGACUGAACGGACAGAAUUAAACACUUCACAAUAUGAAGACGCGAACGGUAGACAUUACACAAUAACUUUACAAACAUUCACCGAGCGUCAUGGGAUCAUAUUGAUUGGUGUUGUAAGCGUGCUUACAAGCUUAUUGUUCCUGUACAACAGCAGUUUUACUGACGCACCAGAAGAUCAGAUGAAGUCAGAUGGACAUCAGAUGGACGUUCUACAGCAGAAACCAUCCCAUUUAAAAGGUUACAGCAGCAUCAUUGAUCAUAAGCCUCUUAGGAUGCAUUGCAAAAGCUGUGCUUUAGUGACCAGCUCUGGUCACAUGACCGGAAGUGGCCGAGGUGCAGAGAUUGACCACAAGGAGUGCGUCAUCCGUAUGAAUGAUGCCCCGACACAAGGCUACCAGAGGGAUGUGGGCCAGCGAACGAGUCUGCGCGUGGUGGCACACUCCAGCAUGCAGCGUGUGCUACGAAACCGCCUUGAGCUGCUCAACUCCAGCCAGAACACCUGCUUUAUCUUCUGGGGGCCUGGAAACUACAUGCGCCAAGACGGGAAAGGCCUCGUCUACAACAACCUGCGUCUGCUGAAGCAGAUGAUGCCCAAGCUACAGGUGUACAUCAUCUCCAGGUUAAAGAUGCUGCAUUUUGACGAGCUCUUUAAGAAGGAAACGGGGAAAGAUAGAAAAAGGUCCAAUUCCUGGCUGAGCACAGGCUGGUUCACUAUGGCGAUCGCUAUGGAGAUGUGUGACAGAAUCAACGUCUAUGGCAUGAUUCCUCCCGAGUUCUGCAGGUCGUCCAACCUCGAGCCAUCCGUGCCGUAUCACUACUAUGAGCCUGCGGGGCCAGAUGAAUGUAAAAUGUAUCUCUCCCACGAGCAGGGACGGCACGGCAGCCACCAUCGCUUCAUCACAGAGAAACGCGUCUUUGCCAACUGGGCACGAUUGUUCAACAUACACUUUUAUCAACCGGAGUGGAGACCGGCACCUGUCACAAAAAACGGCACAAACACCGGGGUGUUUCACAGACUCAGAACCUCUGUGUUCUUUUGAGGACAAACCUUGAACGUUCGAACUGCAAACGCAUUAUGAAUAAAGGUUUUCGACGAUUGUGGAUUAAAAGAGCAAGGUCCAACUUUGCUGAAGAUUUUAAUCGCGAAAGCGCUGAAGACCAGCGUUACAAAGAUUAUGUAAAAUGUGACGAGAACAAACAGUGUUUUAUUCACAUUACUUAUUAAUUGUAACAGUGCGGUCCACGUUGGUUUGUAAUUUAGAAAACUGGGUUACUGUAUAAUUAUAUCACAUUUUCUGUUUCCAGAAAUGACUAGUUUGAUAUCUAGGACAUAUUGUUCUCUGUGUGUAAUUUCAUUUAAAUUAUACAUAGGGCCUCAAUAAUUUGUGCCGCGUGGAGAGUGUCAAGCACAUAAUGUUAACAUUUUUUUUCACUCAGUGGCAUCCAAAGAGAGCCGUUUACAAAUUGGGCUUUUUCCAAAUGACACUUUUAUCAUAGGGCCUCAUUGGAUUUGUCAGAUUUCGUUUUUUGUACAGAGAUAUUUAAAUAAGAUAUUCAUUUCUUAAUACAAAUCUGUAAAUACAGCUUUAUGCUAAUACUAUAAUGUUAUCAGUAGUUCUAGUCUUUUCUCUAAAUCAGAUUCCCAGAACAACUUUUUUUUGGUUCAUAUUUCUACAUACAUUUCAUAUUUCCUGACGCAUUGACAUUAACUAUCUUAAUCGAGUCAUAUGCUGACACAAGCUGCUCCGAUUAAAAAUAUUAUAAAUGACCCGUGUUUGCCGCUGUUUUGAAAUACUGUAUUAAUUUAAAGAAUCAACUGUGAAGAUUCAUUUCUUCAUUAAUGAGGUUUUGAUGCAUGUUUGAGACCACCGCAACAGUCCGAGAGUUAUAUACGAUCACACCAGUUUGCUCAUCAAGCAACAUAACCUUUUUUUUU